AUGCCAUCAUACCCCGGAUCUUUUCGACGCACACCUCCUUCUUCAGUCUUGGAACAGACUGAUGAUGGAAGACGACUUCUGGGUGGUAGUCCCACCGCUGAUUCCGAAAACUUUGAAAACAGGCUUAUUGAAUCAAAGUUCUUUGAGCAAGGAACCGGAUAUAGAACCCUGCAAGUGAUAGCAAAAUUGAGUCUCUGGCUACCCAUUCCAUUUCAUUUUGCUCUCGUAGACAAGGGAAAAAAGAGCGUAACUAAUGAUCAAAUCGAUGGGAAUAGCUCUUCAUGUGAUGAUGACGGUCGAGAUGACUACAGCGAUGAGUUGUCAUUGUCGACCCUGACUACUUGCGACGGGGAAGCAGGCGGUAUUCUUCCUCAUAACGCUCGUCCUUUGGAAGCGUCGUUGUCGCACGUCGCGGAGGCAUACUAUGCUCAUCAAGCUACCCAACAAGUUGACGAAUUCUUGUCAAAUGAGCAGCACCUUGACUACGUAGUCACUCAAUUUGAUAUUGCCCGCAUGGCAAGGAAUGCUUCAAAGCACUUGGAUGUAGAGAGCAUACUAUCCCUCCCAACACUUACGUAUCACUGCUCUACAUCCAAAGACUGCAGAGAUGGAGACGAAAUCAAUGAAAGUUGGAGCCUUGUGACCGCCCCAAACAUGGAUAAAGUCACGGAAGAAGUAGCCAUGGAGAGUAACAUUUGUGUUAUAUGUAUGGAAGAGUAUGUUGAAGGAGACGGGUUGAGAGUGCUUCCGUGCAAUCACUCGUUUCACGUGGGAUGUAUUGAUCGAUGGCUCUCGGGAUCCCACUCGCAUCUUGAAUGCGUGACAAAUGGCUGCCCAGUAUGCAAGGAAAAACCAGUCGCCAUGGUCGAUGAUUCAGCCAUUGAAUGCGAUGGAUAUGUCCCAUCAUGGGCAUUUACACAACUCGGAAAUUCCUUGGCACGAUCACUUGGAGUACCAUGA